CUCCAGACGGGCUCCAGACAAGCCCCAGCCCUCGCAACGACAUCCGGCUCGCUUAGCAGCAUGAUUUAGCACCAAGAAGCGCUACAUGGGUGGCCACACCCUCUCUACAACUUAUUAUAUAACCGUCAAUACUUGCAUCCAAUAACACGUCGUCGACUCCUCGCGAAAGCGCCGACUGAGCGAAAAAAAAUCCGGCGGUCCGAGGCGCAUCAUCACAUCUCCCGAACGAGGUAGCAGCGCAUGAUAUCAUUAUCCAGAGAGGGGAAUGGCUGUAUCCAGUUCUGUUCACGGCCAGUUUGAUAUUUCGAGUUGCCUGCGACUCGACGUGAUAUUGGAGCGGAACCGUUGGAUGUCGACACUUGAGCCAGACGAACACGACGUGCUAGGUGCUACCGUGUUCCCCCCACGGAGAGGAAUCAAUGAGACUGGGUUUUUCAAACGCUUUUCCGAGAGGCUCGCGGAUUAAUUUCCAUUUUGGCGACACUGCAAUUACAAAUGCGACUGCGAGACGCCGUUCCACGGCUAUUCCUGAGCCGUCCAUUUAUGUGCCGGGGUCGUACGUUUGGCGCGUAACUAUUGUGUAAUGCAGCAAUAGGUGGGUGACGGAAAUUUCGUACUUUGUCAGAAGUUGGCUUCUCUAGACUACUUUGGCCCUUUUACCAUCUGCAUAGAAUUCACCAUCUCUGCUGUAUUGACGGAAGAGAUGAAUGCCAAUUGCCCAUUUUCGUCUUGAAACCUGCCUUUUGUAGGGUAGUCGGUAGCACCGCUACAACAUUUUCCAAUCAACAGG